GCCAGGAUCUGUUCAACAGCAGCUGGACUGAGUUGUGCAGUGGUGCUUCCCGAACUUCAUUUCGAACAACAGGGCGGGAUGCCGGCCGUGGCGGCGGUGCUGGCCUGGGCGGCGAGAGGCGGCAGUAGCUCGCCGGACAUGGAGCCCUGCGCGUGCCCAGCCAACGGCUCCGGCCCGCAGCUGAUGGAGCGCGUGCGCGCCGUCGCCCGCAGCGAGCUGCGCGAGGACGACGCGGCGCGGGCGCAGGCGCUGCACGCCUUCCGCCAGUGGGUCGCCGCCAACCGCGACGUCGCCGAUGUCCGCACAGACAACAGCUUCCUUCUUCGUUUUCUUCGUGUAAAGAAGUUUAGUUUACCAAUGGCUCAACAGGUCCUACUGAAAUACCUAAAUUUUAAGAAGACAUUCUCAUACUUAGUACCAAAACUUGACCCAUUAGACUCACGAGUAGAUGAGCUUAUCAGACGUGGAUUCAUGUUUGUUUUACCAAGAAGGGACAAAAAUGGUCGUAGGGUGAUUUUCUAUGCAGCAGGUAAGCUGGAUCCAAAGAAGCAUACAAUUCAGGAUGUAGGGCGAGUAUUCAUGAUGACAUAUGAGGCUCUUAUGGAAGAUGAAGACAACCAAGUGCUGGGGGUAACACACAUUGGUGAUAUUUCCAAUUUCUCACCAUCACUCAUUACCUUCCUUACACCAACGGAGUUUGCAACCAUUGUUAAGUGGGGAGAGCAAUCAGUGCCAAUGAGGCACAAAGAAGUUCAUUUACUAAAUGUUCCUGCCCCAGUGCGAUAUGUGUAUGACUUUGCACGAACAAGACUGAGCGACAAGAUAAAGAACAGAAUUACAAUGCAUGAGUCCUUGGGCAACCUUCAAAACACGGUAGGACUUGACAUACUCCCUAAAGAGUAUGGUGGACAAAUACCUAUGGAUGAAAUGAUAGAUCUCUGGAAGAAGGAACUUGUUGCCAAAAGAGACACAUUGUUGGCAUUAGAAAAUAUGAAGAUACUGAGUGACCAAGGAAUAAUCAGAAGAAAAAAUACUCAGAAUGGUAAACACCAAAGCAUAAUUGGGAUUGAGGCUCUAAAUGGCAGUUUUCGCAAACUUGAAGUGGAUUGAUAGGGAGCUGCCACAAACUCAAAAUGAAAUGAAUCUAUUCAAUUUUGGGAUUUAUCAUUCCUCAAUUAUCUACAUAUUCUAAAGACAAAAAAGUUUAGUUAAAAUUAUUUCUAAAGAGCUGCCUUAAAAUUCUUUCAAAACUAAGCCAGCAGACAGUGAGAAGUAGCCAGUGAUCCUUUCGUUAAAGCAAGGUUCCUCAGGGAUUUGUGUACUGAAAAAUAAAAAAAGCAAAUGUGCUUAAUUAUAUUAUUUAUUGUGCAUGGAUGUUAAUGUUAUCAAGGGAAAAGAAGGAUGCUGCAUUGUAGCUGGGUGCUGAUUUUGAUAAUACUCAUCUAGUGUGCAGUAGAGCUGGUAAAUGCUAGUCCUGUCACUUUAUCACAAUCAGGCUCAGUGCAUAUCAUGGUUGUUACAUUUUAAGUACAAUCUGUUCAUUUUCUGUGAGAGCUUCCUCCUUUUUUUCUAGACAUCAAGUACUGUCUGUUCAUAUCUUUAACUUUUUGUACUGAAUGGUCAUACAUCUUAUUUAAUUUAUAGUUGUAGAACAUAUACUGUAAUGUAAAUAAAAUAUUGAAAUACUUGUAUUUAAAAAUACAAAACUGAAUAAAAAAAUAGUUUUUAA